AUGAAGUUUGGUUUAAUUUUGUUGGCUUCAUCAGCCAUGGCUUGGCCAUUCCAAAACUUGCACGUUUUGGAAUUGGAGGAAGGGAAGACGAUUACCGUUCGUGAAUCAGAAAAGUGGGCAUUAAAACGUAAAGGUUUGAACUUUAUGGAUAUAACGAAGUUUCCCAAAUUAUUCGGUUCCAAAAAGGAAGACGUGGAAGUUCCAGUUUACGAAUACCCUAAAAAGACUCAAAAUAAGGAAACUGUAGAGUCCUUGACCAAGAAUAUUGACAAGCAAUCUAUGCAUGAUAACUUAGCGAAAUUUUCAAGCUUCUUCACGCGUUACUAUAAGUCAGAAACAGGUUAUGAAUCAGCAUUAUGGUUGUCUGAGAAAUUAGCCAAUAUUACUAAGCCAUUAGAAGAAGAAAUUAUUAUCCAGCACGUCGAUCAUAAAGACUGGAAGCAAUUUUCUAUUAUAGUAUCAUUGCGAGGUCAGACCACUCCUGAAAACAUUAUAGUUAUGGGAGCGCACCAGGACUCUAUUAACCUUUUAUUACCUUCACUUCUUGCCGCCCCUGGUGCCGAUGAUGAUGGUUCCGGUACAGUUACUAAUUUGGAAGCAUUGAGGAUAUACAUCGAUUAUCUGAACAGCACUGGUUAUAGACCAGAUAAUACCAUUGAAUUCCAUUUCUAUAGUGCAGAAGAAGGUGGACUUUUAGGCUCCUUAGAUGUUUUUUCGCAGUAUGCGGAAGCAGACAAAAAAGUUGUAGCCAUGUUGCAACAAGAUAUGACGGGUUAUGUGCCUGACGCAGAUUCAGAGCAUGUUGGUGUCAUCACAGAUUAUACCACACCAGGCUUGACUGAUUUUGUGAAGCUAAUAAUUGACGAUUACUUGAGUAUUCCUUAUGUGGAAACUGAAUGUGGUUAUGCUUGUAGUGAUCAUGGCAGUGCCACGAAAAAUGGAUACCCUGGUGCCUUUGUAAUCGAAAGUUCCUUUAAGCAGUCAAACAAAUAUAUCCACAGUACCAUGGACACAUUAGACAGGCUUUCCUUUGACCAUAUGGCGGAACAUGUCAAGUUGGUCGUUGGGUCUCUUAUUGAACUUGGGACUUGGGAUUUCCCUCUAAUUGAAAUGGAGGCUAAAUUAUGA